UUUUUUCUUUUGGACAUUCUGCUGCUCUCUGACUCUUCGCUCCAUAUAUGGAAGAGGAAUAGCUCGCGCGAACAAGGGCGGAAACGUCGCGCGGUGACAGCCGGGAGCUCGAGCGAUACAGGAAGAAAGCCCAAGCCUGCCCUGACUCGGAUCUCUUCCACACCGAUUGACUGCGAUUAAGGAUCAAAAUCACUGCUUGAUUAAUCUAGCAGGUAUGGCAGAGCUGGCGAGUCUGGUGCAGCGGUUGGAGGUCGCAGUGGGUCGCCUGGAGGCGGCGUCGGGGAGCGCCGGGGGUCCGUCGCCCCCCGCUGGAGGAGGAGCCAUGUCUGCGUACGUGGGGGCCUACGAUGACAUCCUCAGCGGCCCCGUGGCCCAGUACAUGGCCCUCAGCAAAGAGAUCGGGGGGGACGUCCUGAAACACGCAGACAUGAUGAAGCAGGCGUUCUCCUGCCAGCGUCAGCUCCUGGCCACCGCCUCCGGAUCACAGAAGCCCGCCGAUGCGGUGCUGGCGGCCAUGCUGCAGCCCGUCUCCAAGGUGAUGGAGGCGGUGCAGAGCCUGCGGGAGCGGAGCCGCUCCUCGCCCCACUUCAACCACCUGUCCUCCGUCAGCGAGAGCGUGCCCGCCCUCGGAUGGGUCGCCGUGGCUCCUAAGCCCGGGCCCUACGUCAAGGAGAUGCAGGACUCCGCCAUGUUCUACACCAACCGCGUGCUCAAGGACUACAAGGAGAAGGACAAGACCCACGUGGACUGGGUGAAGGCCUACCUGUCCAUCUGGACGGAGAUGCAGAACUACAUCAAGACGCAUCACACCACAGGACUCGUCUGGAGCAAGACCGGACCCGUGGCCUCAGCCUGCGACGGCCCCCCCAGAGCCCCCGGCGGGUGUGGCCCUCCCCCCCCUCCCCCCGGACCCCCUCCCCCGCCCAUGGCUGAGCCGUCCCAGGGCAGCGGGGGCGGUGCCGCCGAGACCCGCAACGCUCUGUUUGCCGCCAUCAACAAGGGCUCUGACGUCACCACCGGCCUGAAGCACGUCUCCGACACGGAGAAGACCCACAAGAACCCGGGCCUGAGAGUCCAGGCCCCCGUGCGCACGGGCCCCAAGCCCUUCUCCGCCAGCCCGGCCGCCGCCGCCUCCGUCAGCCGCAAGCUGCCCCCCGUCUUCGAGCUGGACGGCAAGAAGUGGAAAGUGGAGAACCAGGCGGGCGUGCCUGGUCUGGUGAUCAGCGAGACUGAGCUGAAGCAGGUGGUGUACACCUACAAGUGCAGCAACACCACCCUGACGGUGAAGGGCAAGAUCAACUCCAUCACCCUUGACAACUGCCACAAGCUGGGCCUGGUGUUCGACGACGUGGUGGGCAUCGUGGAGGUCAUCAACUGCCGGGACGUCAAGGUCCAGGUGUUGGGUAAGAUCCCCACCAUCUCCAUCAACAAGACGGACGGCUGCCACGUUUACCUGAGCAAGGACUCGCUGGCCUGUGAGAUCAUCAGCGCCAAGAGCUCCGAGAUGAACAUCCUGGUGCCCGACGCCGACGGAGAGUUUACGGAGCUUCCCGUUCCCGAGCAGUUCAAGACCGUCUGGGAUGGCAAGAAGCUCGUCACCACAAACACCGAGAUCGCUGGAUAGACGCAAAUGCACAACCACAAACACACACACACCCCAAUCCUAUCAACAACAACCCUACCUUUUUUUUAGUUUUUUCGUAAAUCGCAAAAGUGUAUCAAAUCUCCGAUCACAUCCGCUAACAUUUCCGCUGACCGAAAUUCGGACAUUCCCCGUAAUCCUCCCCCUUUGUGUAUCAGCCAAUCAACACCAAAGCUGUUCCUUCCAUCAGCCAAUGAGAGGACUGCUUGUCUCUUUAUUUUUUUUUCUUGUUUUCUGGAGCGUUCCUCCAGCCAAACGCAGGGAGCAGCUUGUCGUUCUAAUUGGUUGUUCAACUGAGUUCUAAAAGAGUUUGGCCAAUCACAGAAGAGGCUGGUGUCAUAAUUCACUCCAGUGGGGGUGUGGCCACUGCUUUGCAUAACGUAAUCCGUAAGGCAGCCAACGUCCCCUAAAGGAUCACGAUCAGUCACAGCUUUUUGGUCCUCACCUUGCAGUAGCCAAUAAGGUGACAGGACCGCGAUGCCGUAGCCAAUUAGACGAUCAGACCGCAACGCUGUAGCCAAUCAUGUUUCUUCUUCUAGUCGGCCGUGGGCAGAUCUUCCUGCGCCAUUUUAUGCAAUGCUGUGUUGAAGUACAUGCCACACCCCCCCCCCCCCCCCCCCCCUCUCUAGGGCAGAGGAGGACUCUCACGAUAUUAACCUUAGUAGGGGACCGGGACGGUUGCCAGUCUCAGAGCGCUUGCAUAAUGCCAAUGCCGAUUAGCUAUUUUUGCGCGUGCUGUGAUAUAGCCUGGUUCUCUAAUUAAUAUAGACAUAUUAAUUAGACAAGUUAAAAUAAUAAUCUGUAAAUGAGGGAAUGAUCAAACCACUUCAUGUACGACACCCCCCCCCCCCCCCCCCCCGUUAUGGCACAUUCCGUAAAGUAUUCCAAGUGAACAUUCCAUUUCAGGAAGCGUAAAAGACUUCAAAUCCCUUGGGUGUUGUAGUUCUCACGUGGAUCCUGAAUUUUUCUUUUUCAUUCCUUCGCUAACAGUAAAUGUGAUAAGGCGAGCGUAACGGCAGGUUUUAAAACGGUUAAAGGAACUUCGGUAGUAGUAGUUACUGCUUGAGUCUUAAAGGAUGGCCCCGCCCCUUCCUGUGGUCGGCUCCUGCCCCCCUCUCUCAUAACGCUUGGUACCUUCUUCAAUUCUUUCUUUACCUCUUUCUUUGGGUCCAGAAUCAGAAUUCUGCUCAUUAGUACUCGAGACAUCAUUGAUAAAAUAUAAUGAAGUUGCAAUAAAAACGCUGAAUUUCUCCUGA